AUGGCGAAGGAAAAGGAUCCAGAGGUGUUGAAAGGGAGUGAGGAAUAUGUCGAGGAGGUCGUACUGGCAAGACUGACGGAAGAAGACUUGUGGACGCUAUCCCAGGAGUCUCUAAAUCUUUGGUCAUGGACAGGAGUUCGGCUAGGCCUCAUCAUGUUCGUUCAGGGCUGUAACCAAGCCGGCUAUGGGGUUGACUGGGGUGUGAUCAGUGGCAUUGAUUCAUUGAAUGCAUGGCACGAGUACUUUGGGUUCGAUACCUCGGGAAGCACCUACGGACUAAUCAAUGCGCUGAUGAGCAUUGGCACGGUUUGCGGUGCUCCAUUUAUGGCCUAUGCAGAUGUGAUCGGUCGUCGGGGGAUCAACUUCACCGGCAAUGCUAUCGUGAUCGUUGCCGCGAUUCUGCAAGGAUGUGCGACUAACCUGCAGAUGUUCAUGGCGGGUCGAUUCUUCAUGGGCUUCGGUACAGCUUUGAUGUCCAGCUCACAGUAUAUUGGUGAGGUCUCUCCGAUUCAUCUCCGUGGUCGCAUGGUUGGCUUCUUUGGUGCCUGCUUCCAGGUGGGUAGUUUGACCAUGCUGGGUGCUAUGAUCGGACUGGACACCCUGCCAGGUAACAAGUGCUGGCGUAUCCCGUUGAUUCUCGAGGCCUUGUUCCCGGCCAUCGUCUGCUUGACUAUCUUCGUCUUGACACCGGAGUCACCCCGAUGGUACAUUAUGAAGGGCCAGCGCGACAAGGCCAAGCAAGUGAUCGCCAAGUACCAUACCACCAGCGGUGAUAUAAAUCAGCCAAUUGUUGAGAUUGUAGUCGCCCAGAUGGAGGAAUCUUUGGAGAACGAUACAACCGGGUUCUCGGCAUUCUGGGACUAUCGAGUCUUCUUCACCAAGACUGUCCGUUAUCGACUUUUUGUUCUGACCUUGUAUUCAAUCUUCCAGCAAUGGAACGGUGGCGGCAUCAUCACAUACUAUAUGACGCCAGCACUGGAGACCAUCGGAAUCAACACCACAAAGCAACAACUGGGAAUUACAAUUGGAAGUACGGGAACCUAUUUCGUCUUCACUGCGGUUGGAGCUUUGCUUGUCGAUAAAUUUCGACGAAGAACCCUCAUUUUCGCCGGCCUGGCUAGUAUGAUCAUUUUCCAAACCGCUACGACCAUCACCUCUUGGCAGUACAGUCUUCAUGCCAGUCACGCUGCUGCAGCUCUGACGAUUCUCUGGAUCUUCCUCUACCAAACAUUCUCUGCGUCUUUGAUUGCCACAAUGCAUAAUCUAUAUCCUGUGGAAGUCCUCUCCUUGCCCCUCCGUGCAAAAGGAAUGGGUCUUUAUAGUUUGAUCCAAGGCGGAGCAGGCGCUGUCCAAACCUAUGGGAUUAGCGUGGGAAUCAGCAAAAUCGGCUACAAGAUCUGGGUGGUGUACAUUGUAUACAACAGUGUCCAGCUUGUUCUGUCAUAUUUUUUCUUCCCUGAAACCAGUGGGCUGAGUCUGGAGGAGAUUGAUACGGUGUUUGAAACCCCCGGAGUGGCACCCGUGAAAAUGUCACUGGAUAUUCAGAAAGCCAAGAAAGAAAGACUUGCAGCCGGACGGGAUGAGGAAGGCAGAUCUGGACUGUAG